AAUAUCUUGGGCUCGACUGGCUCGAAAGUACAAGUUUCUCUCUUCUCUCAAUCUCUUGUUGCUUUCCUCUUCACCUCAGGUCACUAUAUUCUCCAAACAAAAAAAGAACUCUAAGCACUCAUCUUUCUCAGCACUCUCACCUCUCUCUCACUCUCGUCUCUCCCACCUGUCUCUCUACUCAUCCCUCUCAUUCGAUAUAUCUCUCUCAAGAACUUCCUAUCUGUCUCUGGUUGCGAAAGGAGUACGAAUGACAACAAAGUAAGACGAACAACGACGAUGAAAACGAAGCAAGAUGAACGAUAAUAGAGGACGAACGACGACAAAUGACGAACGACGACAAAGCAAGACGAAUGACGGCGGAGGACGAACAACAACCUGCGAUAGCGAAUCUGAGAGUCAUAAGGAACACUGUAAUUACUUCAAAUUCGCAGAUGAGGAUGAUGACGACAGUAGGUCCACAGUCCGUUCCAAUGUUGGACCUCGGAAAGCUAUAAGAACAGAAGAAUUAAACGAUAUAAAGACAAGGCUUUGUGAGAUGGACAAUGAAAUUCUGCAGUAUGGUACAAGGCUUAAAAUGAUGGAGAAGAACUUCAAAAUUAUGAUAUAUGUCAUUAUUUUUUGUGUCAUUUUGUACUUUAUCAUGUAAAUCUCAGAGUCUCUAACGUUAUGACGAAUUUCAUGAAUGUAAUCGUAAACUUCUUUCGUAUUUUGUAUCUUUUUGUACAUAAUGAUGUAAAUGACCGAGUUGUUCAAUUUUGAAAAUUUUCAUGAAUACUUAAUGAUGUAAACUACUUUGUGUUGUGUAUAU